GAGGAUCUGUCAUCAAUCUUUUAUUGGCAGUUAUAAGUUAAGGUUCUCUGUUUUUGUCGGAAAGAACCGAUACAAACAGAGGACCUGAAAAUGAAAUCAGAAACUUUGACAUUAUUUCUCGUAAAUCUCGCCGGAAUCAUGGAGAGAGCCGACGAGUCGUUGCUGCCCGGUGUCUACAAAGAAGUCGGAGCCGCUCUUCACACCGACCCGACCGGCUUGGGGUCGUUGACUCUGUUCCGGUCUAUAGUUCAGGCUUCAUGUUAUCCUUUGGCGGCUUAUCUCGCCGUCCGCCACAACCGGACCCACGUCAUUGCUCUCGGCGCCUUCCUCUGGGCCUUCGCCACUUUCCUCGUCGCCGUUUCCUCCACUUUCCUCCAGGUGGCGGUUUCAAGAGGCCUAAAUGGGAUUGGACUUGCCAUUGUUAUACCAGCAAUUCAGUCUCUUGUUGCAGACUCGACUGAUGAUGGCAAUCGCGGCACGGCUUUUGGGUGGCUGCAAUUAACAGGAAGCAUCGGCUCUAUCAUUGGCGGUCUUUUCUCGGUGUUAAUGGCCUCGAAGUCUUUCAUGGGAAUUCCCGGCUGGAGAAUCGCCUUUCACCUUGUUGCACUCAUUAGUAUCAUAGUUGGUAUAUUAGUCUACUUCUUUGCUAAUGAUCCAAGAUUCUCUGAGACAGACAGUAGAGCCGAGGAUCAAAUUGCUCGAAAGUCUUUUGUAUCCGAAAUGAAAGACCUAAUGAAAGAGGCAAAGUGGGUUAUUCGAAUCCCAUCUUUUCAGAUAAUUGUGGCUCAAGGUGUUUCUGGAUCAUUCCCUUGGUCAGCCAUGUCAUUUACUACAAUGUGGUUAGAACUUAUUGGAUUCUCCCAUCAGAAAACUGCUUUUCUUUGGACAUUUUUCAUAGUUGCUUGUUCAUUAGGAGGCCUUUUCGGAGGUAAAAUGGGGGAUAUCCUCGCGAAACGCUUUCCUAAUUCUGGAAGAAUAAUUCUUUCACAGAUAAGUUCUGGCUCGGCCAUUCCUUUAGCAGCGGUUUUGUUGCUCGGGCUGCCUGAUGAUCCAUCAACCGCGUUCAUCCAUGGACUGGUUUUGUUCAUUAUGGGAUUGUCAACAUCUUGGAAUGCUCCGGCAACUAACAAUCCAAUAUUUGCAGAGAUAGUACCUAAGAAGUCUCGGACGAGCAUCUACGCUUUAGACAGAUCCUUCGAAAGCAUCUUGGCGUCAUUUGCUCCCCCAAUUGUUGGCAUUUUGGCUCAGAAUGUUUAUGGUUACAAACCGAUCCCUAAAGGGUCAUCAGACGCCGUAGAGAUCGAGACAGACAGAGAGAAUGCCGCGUCGCUAGCUAAGGCGCUCUACACCGCGAUUGGCAUUCCAAUGGCUAUCUGUUGCUUCAUUUACUCCUUCCUCUAUUGUACUUACCCGAGAGACCGCGAGCGAGCUAGAAUGGAUGCUUUGGUAGAGUCAGAGAUGCAACAGCUAGAGGAAGACAACUCUCGUUCAAGAGAAAUUCAUGUUUCCGAAUCGAAUGGGUUGAAUGGAAAAGAAAGAAGCGAAAUCGACAUAGAAUAUGGGGAAGAAGUUGGCCUUGAUUUGGAUGAUAAUGAUGAGAAGUAUUUGCUUUCCCAUGAGCAGAACCUGCAGGGGAGAUUGGAUUUUGUAAAGUGAGUAAACUGCUUCCUCUAGGCCAAUUUGAACCGUGAAAGAGUUUUAUUUACUCAUGUUUAUUAUUUGUUUCAUAGAAGACUAAGUACACAGAUAUGUUCCCACAAAUUCGGAAAGAAGAAAUCACCUUAAUUUAUUAUCUCAAUUUGUUUGUUAUUGUCGUAAUCUGGAAAUGUUUAU